AUGGAGCCGGCAGCGGCGCCGCCGCUGCCACUGCUGGAACUGCCGCCGGGCCUUAUAUCAGAGUAUGUCGUGCCGAGGCUGCGGCCGCGCCAGCGCGCGGCGCUGUCCCUUACAUGCAAGGCGCUGCGGAGGAUCGCCCACGACAGCGUGAGGGAGCUGGUCCUGCCAGGCGGGCGCUGCUGCCCCGCGGUGCGCUGCAGCCUGCACGAGGUGUUCCCUGGCGCGCGGUCGGUGCAGCUGACGCCCUCAAACCUCCACGAGGCCAUGAACGUCAUCCCCAGCCUGCUGAUGACGAUGGGCCAGGGCCUGCCGAGCCUGAGCCGCGUGCUGCUGCAUGACAAGCUGCCGGACGAGCCCAGCGAGCGGCGCAAGUGCGCCACAUGCUCCGCCUGGCGCAACACCUAUGACCUGGCGGCAAUUGUUUUCACCGUGCACGGCUGCCUGGCGGGACAGCUGAAGUCGUUUGACUUCCAGACCCACUACAUCAGCAACGCAGAGUGCAUGGCGAUCGGCAACAUGACAGGCCUCACAUCUCUGCGCUGCAGCUCCCCCCACGGCUUCUGCGCCGGCGGCCUCGCCGCGCUGCGCCGCCUCUCGCGGCUGCGGCGCCUGGAGGUCACAGACGCGCCGCGCUCUUGGACCGACGACGACGUCGAGGCGGUGGCGCACAUGACGGCGCUCACGCGCCUGGCGCUGGGCGGCAGCACCGGCAUGCUGCGCCCGCUGCUGCAGCGGGUCGCGGCUGUCGCGGGCUGUGCGGGCGAGGAGCCGGCGCCGGACGCGGCGCGCGGCGCGGCGCCGCCGGCGGUGUUCGGGUUUGGGCUCGCGCCGGCCCCCCCCGCCCAGCAACAGCAGCAGCAACAGCAGCAGCAGCAACAGCAGCAGCAGCAGCAGCAGCAGCAGCAGCAGCAAGAAGGCGAUGCCGUGAUGGCGGAGGAGGACGGCGGCGGCUCCCAAGGCGCGGAAUGCGCCGACGGUGAAGAAGGCGACGGCACUGCGGAUGGUGGCACUGGCCAGGGCCGCCUGCAGCUGCUGGAGCUUGAGAUCACGUUUGACUGGAUGCCCUCCAGCAACGCGGACCUGCUGCCGGCCGUGGCGCAGCUAAGCAGCCUCACGUCCCUCACGAUCGGGUGGCUGGGGCAGAGCGCGCACAGCAGCAGCACCGCGCGCCGCACGCCGCUGCGCAGCUGUGGCGCGCUGUCCGCGCUGUCGGCGCUGCGCGCCCUCAGGGAGCUCAGCGCGGGGUGGCCCGUGGGGAGAAACAGGGAAAGAAAGGGACACAUAUCUGCCCCGGGCUGA